AUGAACAGAACCCAAUCCAACUGUGCCGAGAACAUCCGGAAGCACAUUCUCCACACGGGCAAACACGAGGGCGUGAAGAUGUACAACUGCCCCAAGUGCAACUCUGCCACCAACUCCCCCAUGGAGUUCCGCAACCACCUGAAGGCCAGUCACCCCGAUAUCGAGAACCCAGACCUCGCCUACCUGCAUGCAGGUAUCGUGUCCAAGUCUUUCGAGUGCCGUCUGAAGGGUCAGGGGGCCACGUUCGUGGAGACGGAAGCCGUGGACUCCCCUGUGCACAAUAAGGACCCUUCGGAGGUGUCGAUGCACGACGAGCCGGUCCAGCAGGUCAUCAUAAUCCAGGGCUACAGCGACGGGGAGGUGACCAUCGACCAGGCCCUGGAAGAGUCGGCCGCCGCCACCUUGCAGACGCUGGCCAUGGCCGGCCAGGUGGCGGAGGUGCUCCACAUCACAGAGGACGGGCAAUUCAUCGCCUCGGGCAGGGAAGUGGCGUCCGCGGGGGCCCACCUGGCCGGAGGCAGCACCCAGUACGUGGUGCUGGAGUCGGGGGAUGCCAGGAAAGAGCUACGGGCUAUGGCUAGAGCAGGGGUCGCGGGACAAGGUCACAUGAUCUCGGAGUCGUCCACGGCUCUGGACGCCCUGCUCAGCGCCGUCAGCGAAAUGGGCCACCACGAGGAGAGGCGGGGGGAGGCGGCCAUCGUCCACGAGGUCCUCAGCCCCGAGAUAGCCGAGGCCGUGCGCAGCGUGGUGCAGCCGGACUUGAAACGGGAGCACGACGAGAUGCAGGUCAUCCAGGAGGCCGCCCAGGGGGGGAUGCAGGAGGUGCUGCAGCUCGCCGCGUCCCAGAUGAUGAAGGAAGGCCUCACCCAGGUUAUUGUCAACGAUGAAGGGACGCACUACAUCGUGACCGAGCUGGACAACUGCACCUUGCAGGUGGAGGGAGGCGUGUAUGGAGAGGCGGAGGAGGGGCAGCAGGCGGAGCCGCAGGCGGGGGAAGAGAUGGUGGUCUAUCUGGACGGCACCCCUCAUAAUAUAGUUCUGGAAGGGUAGCGGAGAGAGAGAGAGACGUACACUCGUUGUUUUAGCUCGGUCGUCCUUCCCGUUAACGCCGACAUGUUUAGUUUUUAUGACUUCUGUUUUCCCGUCUUUGCUUCGUUGUCCUAGGAAACGCUCAACUCAGGUCAAACUUCGGUUAUUGGGAGGCACGGUGGUGGAAACUGGUUUCGGUGCUGAGUGAGUUGCACUUCUUCACUUGAACCACUUGAUCAAUCGGGAAAUUAAUCUUAUAUUCUGGGUCGUUAUAAAGGAAAAUAUGCAUUGUGCUUUUUUUUUGUUUUCUUUGAUACCUUUGUUUAAUGUUACCUUAAGUUGCGUUUGUUAGAGUUUGACAAUGACACAAUGGUUUAUUAAUUUGUGUCUAUUUUCCUCCUUACUUUGUAGAGAUUAGUUUAUUACUAGUUAUAAAAUAUCCUUCUGGAUGUAAAAACUCCAAAACAGAUCUUACAGAUGAUUUACGUGUAAUAAUAAUAGAGUUGCUAAUUAUAUAUCGGCUGCUCGUGAAGUUCAGCUUUGGGGGAAACCUCGAUAAACCAUUAAUGCAAUUCCAUUUCUGACAAUAAAGAGUGAGUCUAAUUUUUAA